UUAUGUUCCUAAUAUUGAUCUAACUUUUCCCUAGGUAAAUUUGAACUAAAAGAGAUGACCACUAGUAGGCAUGGAAUGUGCAGCAGUUUGUUUGUUCAUUGCCAUGAUUGUGACAUGAAGGAGUUCUUGGCUACCGGAGAGCACAUUGGUGACGCGACUGCUCCGAGGACAAACAACGCCAAAGACAUCAACAGGCGGAUUGUGUACGCUUCCUCCGAAAUGGGCAUUGGUAUGGAAGGGGUAGCUAAAUUAUGUGAGCUUUUAAACAUGCCCUUCACAAUGGCCAUAAACACAUGGUAUAAACACCAAAAACUUUUACACAAUGUGACGAGGGAAGUUGCAGCUGAGGUGCUUGAAGCCAACUGUAAAGAGGCUAGAGAAGCAGCCAUGCAAGAACUAGGCUCACUUGAAAGUGAAUCAAUGAAUGUGGGCAUUCCUGUAAGCUUUGAUGGCACAUGGUCAAAGAGGGGAUUCACAGCCAACCAUGCAGUCGGGUUUGUGAUCUCCUCUACAACAGGCAAAGUCCUGGACUUUGAAGUAUUAUCCAAGACUUGCCAUGCUUGUGACAUAAAAAAGAACACACUUCCAAGUGAUGAGUUUGAGGCCUGGGUACAGGCACAUGAGUGCCUUGGAAGCUUUGAUGGGUCUAGCCCUAGUAUGGAAAAGGAAUGCGCAAAGAGGUUGUGGGGGAGGAGUCUUUCCUUCAAUCUCAUGUACAAGUACAUGAUUUGCGACGGGGACUGUAAGUCCUACGACUCUAUUUGGGACCAGUACGGUGUGUGUGACACAUGCAACAAGUUUGAGUCAAUAUCCAGAGCAAGCACAGAGUACAAGGAGUGGCUCAAGUCUGAGGACUAUGUGGAAUGGGAGUCAAGUCACCUUGAUGGAAGUGCUGACUGCAACAGAGUGGUCAAGCUGGACUGCAUAGGCCAUGUCCAGAAACGGAUGGGCAAGGCCUUGUAUCACUUCCAGACUUCUUCAAACAAAUUAGAAGAUGGCAAACCUGUGAAAGGGAGAUCUGGCAGACUGACCAAGAAUGCUAUUGAAAAAUUAAAAAAAUACUAUGGAAAAGCUAUCAGGGACAAUGUAAAUAAGAAUGCAAAUACGCCGAUAGAGAGAGACGCAGCCAUUUCUCAGAUGCAAAAUGCAAUCAAAGCAUCCUGGUAUCACUGCAGCAAAAUCCCUGACAAGGAGAGACACCAGUUCUGCCCAGCCAACUCUUGGUGCAAAUAUAAGAAAGGUCUUCCUUGUGACGACAAGGACUACCACCUGGACCCGGUGUUCAUCAAGUGCCUGGAGCCCAUCUAUACUCGGCUAACAGAUCCUGCUCUGUUGGCGAGGUGUCUCCCUGGCUACACCCAGAAUGCCAAUGAAUCUUUAAAUGCUUUGGUGUGGGCCAGGUGCCCAAAGCAUAAAUGGCAUGGGAGGGAGAGAGUGGAGAUGGCUGUUGGGUCUGCGGCUAUCCACUUCAGUCUGGGUGCUACCGGGAAGCAUGAAAUCAUGAGAAGGGCGGGGAUUGAAGUGGGUAGUCAUACAGAGAAAGAGAGUAAGAGAAGAGAUAGGGAGAGAGUAGAAAAGGCAGAGAAGAGGGCUAGUGACCAGCAUAAGAAGUACAGACAGGCAAGGAGUUUGGCAAGGAAGAGGGACGAAGAGCUUAGGUUAGAACGGGAAGGCACAACAUAUGAGGCAGGAGGCUUUAAUGAGCUAGGACAUGACUUGGGGCCCUCAACUAGCCAUAGGAGGAAGAAAAGGGCAAAGAAACAUUAAGUAGAUGAUAAAUUGUGAUUCUAUGGCAGUCUAAUUUAUUCUAUACCAAGCAUAAAGCCUAACUGGAGUGGUUUUGCUUUCAAAACUCAUUUGUCAAACUUUAAGAGCUGAUUUCUCAAAUACACUAAUUUCCGUAUUAAUUUAUUGCCCCCCUUAAGUAUCUUGACAGGUAUUUAACGGUUUUAGCUCAAAUUUGAAAGACUUGUAGUGUAUAGUCCAUAUUACAAACCUAUGGGAGCAUUUUCAAAAAACUUAAACCUAGCCUGUGAUAUACCAGUAUAAGUCUUCAUGAAGAGGUUUUGGUUGCUAUGGUAACCAGAAUUGCUUAUCAACAAACUGUCCCAUAGGUUUGUUUUUCCUUAUGUCCAUAAUGUGUGUAUGCAAUAUAAAGCCUUCAAUGUAAAUAGAAAGUGUAAAAAAUGGUGGGGGCAGUUUUAAUAAAGCGUUUUGAAAUA